AUGUCGAAUGACAAUGACAUGAAGAUUGGCUUUGGAGACGAUGUUGAUAUUGAAUAUCAGGUUGAAGCUAAAGACUUACCUCUUUUGGCCAUUGAUUCCUUGUUUAAUUCUGAAAGCAAAGAUGACGAUGUCAUUGGAGCAGUUAUUUUGGAUAUUUCUGACAGUGAAUCUGAAGAUGUUAGGGAACACUCUUCUCCAUCUGAUAUGCCAGCCGAUCCCACUCAUGCUUUCAAUGCUUUGUUUGCUGUCUUAUUCAUAUCCAAAUAUGCUGUCGAUUCCACUGGUGCUGUCCCGUUGAAGUUUUUCAAUGAGAUCCUUGAGUAUCCCAACAAGGAUCUACAUGUAAAGCUCCACAAUCAAACCAUUGUCUAUACCUUUUGCCGCCCUAGAUUCGAAGACGUCAUAAACUAUUGGAGAAACAGAUCACACGUUCCAGACAUGAAAUUUGAGAUUCACGAUAGUGCAUACCUUUCGAUGGGGUCGGUUGUCUCUGUAGUGCGAUAUAUCUUUGCAUCAACAACUUGCCCACACCAGAACGGUACAAUAAAGGAGAAUGCUGUCUUCGUUGGUCUCAUUCCAGGGCCCAAGGAAUGGUGUGGUGAUUCCUACUAUCUAGUGUCCAUCUUUUGCUAUUUUCUGUGCUACUCUAAUUCUUGUUGCCUGGAAAAAUUGUAUGGCCUGGUUUACUUCAACCUUGUUGAAUGCACUGUCAUCGAUUCGACGUAUAGCCUGUAUAUUGGUACAGCGAAGAGGAUAAUGGAGAAAUGGGUAUCUUCUGGUCUCAUCACAGAUACACACUUGGCUGCAACACGGGUUGAUGCUGAAAAUGUUUUACUGUCAGAAUACUACACAUCAUUGGGUACAAGGAUUGGGCGUGGUUUCCCAUUCAUGAAGGCAAAUGAGUGGAACAUAUCCAUGGCUCAUCUUAAUGAGGUCCAUAACUCAUUGGAGGUUUUCUGCAGAGAGUGUGAGGUGUUAUAUCAAACUCCAUUUCGUUCACCGAAGAUGCAUCUGCAUUUACGUUUGCAAGAGAGCAUCCUUAGCUUUGGCCUGGUUUACCGCUCUUGGCUGUUCGGUCUUGAAAGAUGCAACGGCUUUUCGAAGGAUUAUAUGACCAAUAGAAGAGACGGGCUCGAAACAAUGUAUAUGAAGAAGUGUCUUGAGGAUACAUACCAGGAAGACUUUAUUCAACAAACUUUGCUUGUAAUUCAAUCUGGGCAUUCGGCGAUCAUCCUUGAGCUCACUACAUCUACUGCCGCCGCCAUACUAUCCCAUAUCAAUGCUGUUCUUGGUUCUCAUGAGAUCAAAUUUGUUAUCAUCAAGGGAAACGAGCCUAUACUCCCGUCUACACUUCCUUUAGUUCUAAAGGGAGAGAUUUUUAUGAAAGUGUCCGAGUAUGAGCAUUUGUCGUCAAUUAUCACGAGGUAUAUGAUGAUCAAACGCUUGUUCACUGUCGUCAGGCUGGUCGCUCCGAUAAUUUUGUCAACAGUCGGAUACACAAAUUUGAAUCAAUCAAUCUUCUCAGCCAAAUAUACAGGAGCAAAACAAGAAAUUAGCCAGAUUCAGUACCUCUUUGUAAAUUUGUUUGUUGAUCAUUUGAGUCUGAAUGAAUUUGCAUGCUUACGAUGGUACAAGGAGAUUGUGCUGCAGCCCAGAGCAGGAGAAGGAGUUGAGGUGAAUGAGGUGGGAUUCAAAGAUGAUAGCAUGAACAGUAUUCUUCAGGUACAUAGAAUCUGCUAUCCAGUUGCAGUAGGUGAGCACCUUGGUUUAGAAGGCAAAGCUCAGAUGUGUGUUGUUCCUUUGCUAGGAAAAAUAUAUUUUUAG